AUGAGCCACUCGUACCUUUAUACCCCUUAUAUCUGGGCUACCGAGGAAAAUACCCCUCGGCGGCGAGCGCGAAGCCGAGUGAAAACAUCGUCCGAUAGCCAGGAUACAGUGCUACCAUCAGCAGAUGCCUCUUUCGACUUGUUAGACAGGUUCGGAACAAAUGGCACAACGGCCAGCCCUACUCCGGGCCUGGAAAUGAAUCAGCUGAAGCUCAUAGUCCAGUGGCAAAGGGAUACUCACCGAUUCUUCUCGCGAAAUGAAGAAACGAAGCAUAUAUGGGGUGUGUUACUUGUCGAAGAAGCUUUAAAUACGCCUUUCUUAAUGCAUGGCAUCCUAGCUGUGUCCGCGUUGCACCUCUCCUUAUCUGAGGCCGAACCACAAAAGUCCUUCUGGCUUGGAUUGGCCACCGCGCAUAAAGGCCAAGCACUACCACAAUUUCUGGAAAAUCUGCAUAGUGUCGAUGCAGCCAAUGCAAAGGCAAUGAUGGGCCUCUCUGGGCUGGUAGUGGCCUUUGCAUUCGGCUCUGCAUUAACCGGCAUUUCUGACGCCGACCAGCCUUGUUUAGAUACUCUACAUAACAUCUUUGUCCUUUCUCGUGGUGUUCAGCAGAUCAUCAACGUGGCUUCCACCUUACGACACAGUGAUUUUGCUCCUCUUUUCGAUGCCACCCCACCACAGGUGGCUUACCCUGAUCGUGCCAAAGAAUCCCUUGAUCGCCUCGAACAGCUUAAUACCGCCUGUGGGACGGAUGGGGAACAUGAUACUGCUGCAUAUACACGUGCCAUUCGGGAGCUAAGAGGGCUGUCUGUUCACACAUUUGCUCAACCGACUUCCAUGAUGCUGGCUGUGGGUUGGGCCAUCAGGGCGACCCCUGAGUAUCUUCAAUACGUGCAGCGACAGGCGCCUUUCGCUCUAGUUACUCAUGCUCAUUAUUGCACCUUUCUCCAUAUAGCGCGAGAAAAUUGCUUCCUUCAGUCCUGGGGAAGCUGCGUGCUUCGGGAGAUUUAUCAUCUGCUGGAUUCCACGUGGAGACCAUAUAUUACUUGGCCUAUCAGCGAAGUAUUUGGGGAGAACGUGGCUCUGUGA